AGUGCGAAAAAUUUUGAUAUGUGGACACAAGUGCCCUGUCCCGUGCUCUCAGAGUUGCCCACCAUGCACAAAAAAAUGUUCACACAGAUGCAGGCAUUCAAAAUGUGCAAACCAAUGUGGUGAGCCUUGUACACCAUGCAGAGAGAAAUGUGGUUGGCAGUGUGAACACCUGAGAUGCACACGUCAGUGUCACGAACUGUGUGACCGCAAACCUUGUUACAAACCAUGUAAGCUGAAACUUAAAUGUGGACAUAACUGUAUUGGAUUCUGUGGUGAUCCUUGCCCACCACUUUGCCGCAUUUGUAAUCACAGUGAAGUUACCACCAUAUUUUUUGGCCACGAGGCAGACAGAGAUGCAAGAUUUGUUCUGCUGGAAGACUGUAAUCAUGUUAUUGAAUCAAAAGCUCUUGAAACCUGGCUGAAACAAUCAGAAGACGAAAUUACAACAAAAGUCUGCCCACGUUGUAAAACACCUAUUACAAAAACUCAGAGGUACUUGAAUGAUGUAAAGGUAACAUUGGAAGACAUUUGUAAAGUAAAAGCAAAGGUCUUUGGAAUACAGAGUGAGAUAGAAAGCAAACGAUCAAUGCUUCUUCAUCAGAUAACGCAGCUUAUGCAGCACUCACCGUAUGUAAUAGGCUCAGCUAAACUGAAACAGCAUUUAGAUAACCUGAAACAGCAGAUGCUGCCAGUCCAAGGACAACGCCGCAAUCAGUUGAGUAUUAUGGAUACGGAGUCAUUAGAACUGCACAUAAAGUUCAUGCAAGAAAUUGUCAUGACCAUGAGAUAUGCAUCAGGAGGUCUAGACAGCCACUCCAUCACAAAGGUUGAACAACAAGUGCUGUUUCUCAUGAAUAUCAUGGAAUCCAGGGGCAGAUAUUUAAGCAAUCAAGAGGUUAAUGAUAUUAAUUGUGAACUUAACAGGUUCAGUUUGUUCCUACACCUCUGUCGUUUAGAAAGCACAAAAAUGUACAAAAUGCACUGCAAUAAUGCUCAUGUACAGUAUCAGUACGAUAUAGCUCGAAAAACCGUGUGUUCUGUUAAAAAAUUUACAACAGAUCAAAGCACCAUCUUCAGACAAUCAUUGGGAAAUCUUAACAGGAUUCUGAACAAUGUUAUUGUAUUACCUACACAAGAAAGGCAACAGAUUGUAAAAGCUUUGAAUCUGAAGCAAGGUCACUGGUAUAAAUGUCCUAAUGGCCACAUCUAUGUGAUUACAGAGUGUGGACGAGCAAUGCAGGUAUCUAGGUGUAAUGAAUGUGGAGAAAAAAUUGGUGGGAGACGACAUACCCUGCUUUCAUCUAACCAGGUUGCAACAGAGAUGAAUUGAAAUUUUAUGCUUUUUUGUUACAGAGUUUUAUAGGAUACUUAAAAAUCCAAAGUUAUCCAGCAAAGUGACUGUUCACACUGAUACAUGUUUAAAAUUGUCACAAAACUGGAAUUUCAUCAUUUAUUGUAUUUUAUGAAGUUAGUGAUUGCACACUGUUAUCAACUGGAGGGUAUAUGUUUGUGAUUAGUUAUCAUGUGGUUUUUUUCUGAUGUGGGUCCCACUGCUCAGUGAAUUGCAGGAACCAUUGAUUUUUUUUCCAGUAAUUUAUUUUGAAUUUGGUCUGUUGAUGAGAUACUAUAGAAAAAAGUAUUUGCAAUGUAACAAAGUGAAAACAAUGUGUGAUUUUCAUGAAUUGGUGUGUAUGAAUCAUAAUAUAUACAUAGUUAUUAUGAAUGUCAUGACUAUAAUAGUUUAUGAUAUAUGUUUAUAAUAUAUGACAACAGUGAUGAUGUUAAGCAACUGUGCAUACAUGUAAAAUCUUUGAGGCUCUCCUCCGUUUAUAGGGUGUCAUAAUCAAAUGAGAAAAUUGAAAUUUACAAAAAUGCUUGAAAUAAACUUAAGAAAAUAUAUUUGACAGUGGAGUCACAUUUCCUAUAGUAUGCAAGUAACUUGGAUGUUGCAGUGGAACUCACUUUGUAUUGAAGGAGGCAUCAGAAAGUAAUAGUCCAUUACAAUGUACCCAUUCUGCUAGUUUCUUUGACAAAUUCUGGAGGUACAUAGCAUACAAUGUUUUAUCCUCAGUGCUGGCUGGGGUGGCCAAGCAGUUCUAGAUGCUACAGUCUGGAACUGCGCGACCGCUACGGUCACAGGUUCAAGUCCUGCCUCGGGCAUGGGUGUGUGUGAUGUCCUUAGGUUAGUUAGGUUUAAGUAGUUCUAAGUUCUAGGGGACUGAUGACCUCAGAAGUUAAGUCCCAUAGUGCUCAGAGCCAUUUGAACCAUUUUUUAUCGUCAGUGGUAUGUACAGGAUGUUUGUGAAGCUGAUAGGGAUUUUCUGUUUCAUUGAAACAGUAAUUUUGUUUGCUGACACUCGUGUUAUGAUGCCAAUAUGCUAUGCUGCCAUCCAUAUUGUUUUAAGGCAACUAGCUGACCCUUAUUUCUGCCAUAUUUUCAAUUUCGAGGUAUGUAACUGUGACUUGUGCAGUUUUCUUUGUGUGCGGCUUCAUACCCCAAGCCAUAUUGGCAAAUGGAACAGCAAGAAUGUCUGUGAUUGAAAUUUACACUAUGUUAGGUGUAUGUGCCAUUUGUGACAACUGUAGCUUCAAUUUUGCACAGUUGAACCUGUUUUUCUCAGAAUUUAGCAGUCAGACUAUCACUGUUGUUACAAAUCAUUUUCACAGGUAAUAUACACCCAAUAUCACUGAAUUAUAAUAAAAUAAUAGUCAUGUCUCUGGUGUCAGGUCACGUCUAAGCAACUGCUGCACUCCAGACACGUCAAAAAUACAUUCAAUAAUUUGUUCCUGUUUGUCAGUUUUGUCUCUGUCUUACUGAAAUACAAGUAAAGCAAUGUAUAACACCUAUAUUUUUGGUGUAAAAUAUAUGUAAAUGUGGUGAAAUAAAGUUUGUGAAUACUUGUCA